CUGCGCUGUGGCAACAUGUCCGACCCCUGCUCCGCGGCGGUGGGGAAAGCGGCUUCCAGACGCAGUCUCCAGGUACUUGAGUAUAAAGAAAAUCAAAACACCCCUUACGUCGUUCUGAGACCAAUACCAAGAACACUUUUAGAAAAAACCAUUAAGAAGCACCUUGCUACCUUUUCCCUCAGUAAUGACAAGCUAGACCAGUUUAAGUGCCCCAAAUCCGUAUUAGAAGAGGAGAAGUCUAGCAAUGUCAUGUUGGGUAAGAAGAUGGAGAUAAAGAAAACUUGCCGAGGGAUUUUAACCCUGAAGAUGGAAACCACAUCUAAUGGGGCAGGAUCCACGCUGCACUUAACACCCUUAGAUGUUUAUUCUGAUAGUAAAAAGUCACAGUGCAAGAGCACUUCUGAUGCAGCAGUUCUCAGUGAAGAUGGAGAGAGUGAUGAAGAUGUCCCAUCUCACCUGGAUGAUUUCUCAGAAUUGUCACCGUACGAAAGGAAGAGGCUAAAGAACAUAUCAGAAAAUGCGAACUUUUUUGCUUCUCUUCAGUUGUCUGAGUCAGCAGCUAGACUCCGUGAAAUAAUAGAGAAGAGACAACCUGAAUCCAAGAGAAAGAAGCCUAAGAAGAGAGAAAUUGAGAUUGGCUGUAGAAGGUCAAUGCGACUGCUCAAAGUAGACCCUCCAGGAGUUUCAGCAGUAGCAGCUGACACCCAAUCAGCAUUAGAAGAAGAAAAUACUUUGCUGCCUACUGGGCCUUUCGAAAUGACUCCUGAAAAUCAAGAUGAUAACAGUGAACUAUUUAAAGGAUUUCUGCAGACCUGGGCAGAAAUGAGCAAGACAAGUCGUAAGACUUCGAAGGAGUCAUCUAACCUCGAAAGCUACAAAGCCAAUUUAAGUGGCAUGGUCAUUAGUGAAGAUAAUAUUUGUAAAGUUACCAAUGGCGCAGUAUUCUCUGUGGCUUUCCAUCCAUCGGAAACUAGAACGUUGGUGGCUGCUGGAGCCAAAUUUGGGCAAAUUGGACUUUGGGAUUUGAGCCAACAACCUAAAGAAGAUGGUGUGUAUGUUUUCCAGCCCCAUAGUCGGCCAGUUAGCUGUCUGUACUUUUCCCCGGCCAACCCAGCCCACCUCCUGUCACUGAGUUAUGACGGCACAGUGCGCUGUGGAGAUUUCUCCACUGCUGUGUUUGACGAGGUCUAUAGAAAUGAAAGCAGUGCCUUUUCUUCCUUUGACUUCUUGGCAGAAGAUGCCUGCACUUUAGUCGUGGGCCACUGGGAUGGCCAGGUGUCCAUAGUGGAUAGACGAACACCCAGAACAUCUCCUGAGAAAUUGAUCCAGUUUUCUUUGGAAAAAAUAAGAACCGUUCAUGUCCAUCCAGUGCAUAGACAGUAUUUUGUUACUGCAGGAUCAAGGGAUGUACAUAUUUAUGAUGUAAGAAACCUGACUCCCACGGGAAGCCAGCCUUUGAUUUCUUUGACUCAACAUACAAGGAGCCUCGCCUCUGCCUAUUUUUCACCUAUAACUGGUAACAGAAUGCUGACCACGUGUGCUGACUCUUAUCUGAGAGUCUUUGACAGCAGCCGUCUGUCCACUCGGCUUCCUCUCCUCACCACGAUCAGGCAUGAAACCAACUCUGGGCGAUGGCUGACCAGGUUCCAAGCCAACUGGGACCCUAAACAAGAAGAUUGUGUUGUCGUUGGCAGCAUGGCCUACCCACGGCGGGUAGAGGUCUUCCAUGAGACCGGAAAGCGGCUGCAUUCUUUUCUUGGAGAAUCCCUUGCCUCUGUGUGUUCCAUCAAUGCCAUGCAUCCGACUCGAUUUAUUUUGGCUGGAGGCAAUUCCAGCGGGAAGAUCCAUGUGUUCAUGAAUCAGAGCGAUGCUGGGUGUUUGGUUUAGCGGCAUAGAUGUGUUCAUAUUAGUCAAGGCCUAAGGACCCCGUGAAGAGAAAGUUGGCGUGUCAUACAGAGCAAAUGUAAAGCUGCUUUAAGGUUAAGAGUAUUCCAAUGGGGGAAAAACAAUAAAAGAAUAUUCUAAUGAGCACAAAUUCUUUUGGUUGGGGAGCCAUGGAGGCCUGCUUUUUCUCCAGGGGAGGAAGGGCCAUGCGGGCAGGCUGACACACCAUUAGUGCUGUUACUCAGGCAGUAUGUCGAAAGAUUCAAUUAAUUAUAAAGCUUUAAAUGGUCAGUAUUAUGUUUUUGUGGUCCAAUGAUACUGUUUUGAAUCGAGUGAAAUUUUGAUUUAUGGUUUCUAUUUUAGCUUGGUGUAUUUUGAGACCCACACACAAUUUUUUUUUUGGGGGGGGGGCAACAACAAAAAAAUCCAUUGCCAUCAAGUUGAAGGGGUCAGAAAAGUCCAUUUAUUCAAUAGUUUUGAAGCUUAGUUUUUUUCAUGGAAAACUCCCCCUCCCCCCUCCCCCCCCCAUCCCUAAUGUGAAACUGCAAGGUAAUAGUUUAGUGGUGGUGGUCGAUGUGGGGCAGGGCCCGGGUCUGUGCUGAGUCUUUCCCUUACUCCCUUUACUCCCUCUUUUGGAUGAGGUCCCGAGACAUCACCAGGACAUCUAGGGCUCUUUGGCACACUGACUAGAUCUGCCUUAACCUGUAUUCCAAAAGGAUUGCCUUAACAAUCAUUAACUACAAACUCAAUGUUAAUGGUCACAGAUAGUGCUUAAAUAAGUGAAAAAUAAAGAAGAGUUGUUUGGUGAAACUUGGUUCAUUUGCUUAUAUCUAUGUAGGCGUGUGUGAGUGAGAUUAUGAUAUACAUUUAUUUCUCGCUGUUGAAUUGUGAGUCCAGGUUAAGCAAGUGAAAGCUACUGCCUUAAAAUGUAGUCUUCCUUAACUCUGUAAAGGCACCAGGAGAGAUUGAAUAGCUUGUUAAGUGAAUACGUUCAUUCAUUUUGUGGAAAUGUUAUGGAAUAUUCACAACUCUAUUUCUUCACUGAGCUGUUUUCUCAGAAGCUAAGAUGAUUUAAAUAUGGGGGUUGUGGGGAAAGAAAAUGAUAUGUCACUUUACUAAUAUUAACUGAACUGGAAAUGUUUUAAGUUUUAUGAAAUAUUUUUUCAUAUAAUUGUAUGUUACAAAAAUAAAGUGAUACCUAUAAUUUC